AUGUUGAUACACUAUUUUUCCAGGUGUGUUUGGCAUAUCUCGCGUCGUCUUGGCGCCAGAAUUCAAAAGUCUGAUAGUGUAUUCAACGAUACUUUAAUACAUUAUCAACCCUUUGAUUCUUCUCGCAUUUUUCAAGUUCUGCACUACAACUACUCCACCGCGUGCAGUGAUCAAUGGCAGUGUGUUAGUUACCCUAUUAGAAAAGAUGGAGUGUUCACCCCAUGCCAGUGGUGUGAAAGGUUGAUGUUCAAGGUCAUUCGUCAUGGUUGAUCAAUGCUAUCAGUGGCGAACACAUACAACGAUCAAUACAAAAACAGUUGAAGUCAAAAUCAGACAGUAACACCCACACAUCGCGCCGGCAUCUCCAGCAGCUACACACAUACUUGAUUUCCCGGAUCACACCUCCCAACCUUCCCGACACCGCAUCUCUAGCGCCUUUGUUCGUCGGACGUUCAGUCACGGCGGCCGGCUGCACAUCUGAAGGAAGCUCUGUCCACAACCCCGCAUCCGCUUGAAUUUCGCGAUAAGUGUGGUGAAGUGUCGC